AUGCACCUCUCCACCACGCUCCUUACAGCAGGUCUCGCAUUUUUCAGUACCACUGGUUGGGCUGGAUAUGUGUUACAAGACGAUUACUUCUCCGGCGGCACAUUCUUUGAAAAAUUCGACUUCUUUUCUGACCCAGAUCCCACCCAUGGAUUCGUUUCGUAUAAGAACUACGAUGCUUGUAUCGAGCAGGAUCUGAUCAGGAAUUCUUCGUCGAAUAUCGUGAUGAAGGUCGACGAUACGAAUGUCACCCCGAAUGGAAGACCGAGUGUGAGGAUUUCUAGCAAGAAUUCGUAUAAUACUGCUCUGAUUGUUUUGGACUUGGAUCAUAUGCCUGGGAGUAUUUGUGGACUUUGGCCGGCAUUCUGGACCCUAGGUCCCAACUGGCCGAACAACGGCGAGGUGGAUAUCAUCGAAGGUGUCAGUUGCAGCACAUCAAACUCCAUGACGCUGCACACUGGCCCUGGCUGCUCGCUUGACAGCUCCACCAGCUCGAACAAGGCCUUCAGCGGCGCUGUGGAGAAUGCCAAUUGUGUCUCUGCAGGUGACGACAAUACCGGCUGCCAAAUCGCGACUUCGAGCACGAACACGUACGGCGCUGGUCUCAACGCGAUCAAUGGUGGCAUCUACGCGAUGGAAUGGACAACCGACUUCAUCUCAAUCUGGUUCUUCCCUCGAGGCUCCUACCCCCGCGACGUCCUCGGAUCCAAUCCCGACCCCUCUGGCUGGGGCCUACCACUCUCAAACUUCAAGCUGAGCUGCGACAUCGCCAAAUCCUUCCAAGACCAUUCGAUCGUCUUCGACACAACCUUCUGCGGAGACUGGGCAGGUAGUGCCUGGGCAGGCGAUUCUCAAUGCAGCGGGUUGGCAGACACCUGUAGUUCGUACGUCGAAAACAAUCCGAAAGCUUUCUCCGAAGCUUACUGGUCCGUGAAUGCUCUGAAAGUCUACCAGCAAGAAAGCGGCAGC